UGUAUUCUCGUUUGCGCGCGUGCCUCUCCCUUGUACGUGUAACUUGAGGUGUAGACCCAAUUUGACAAUCCUAUUUCAUUGACAAUCAUGUGCAUUUGAUAAAAAAAGAUUAGACACUGAGAUUAUUGGACAAAAAAAAGGAAAUAAAACCCGACUUGGACUUUGGUCUCGGUUUGGACUUUGUCCUUCAGGAGGCUUUAGAAAGCAGGCAGUGUUGUAAAGGCAGCAGUUUAGUGCGCAGUUGGGAGACAUGGGCGUGUGGACUGCACUGAGCGCGCUGCUCUUCAUCACACACAGCGUGUGUAGCCAAACCAGCAUAAGAUGGUGCACAAUUUCACAACAGGAGCUGGGCAAGUGCAAUGCCAUGGAAACAGCGUUCAGCAGCGUCGCUAUCCGGCCUACACUGCGCUGCGUGGCCGCAACCUCUGUCACAGAUUGUGCGCAAAAACUCAUGGCAAAUGAAGUUGAUGCAUUUUCUACCAGUGCCAAAGACAUCUAUGAGAUUGCAAAGACGGCCACAUUCAAAAUUGCUGCAGCAGAGUCCAGUUCUGAUGGUGAAGGAACGGUGUAUUAUGCAGUUGCUGUGGUGAAAAAGACAAAUCCACACAUUAAUAUCAACAACUUAAAGGGGAAGAAGUCAUGCCACACUGGGAUGGGGCGUACAGCUGGGUGGAACAUGCCUAUUGGCUUUCUGAUUGACAGUGGAAGGAUGUCUGUUAUGGCCUGUAACGUGACUCAAGGGGUUGCAGAAUUCUUUAACGCUAGCUGCAUUCCUGGAGCGACAGGCCUGGCCCCGUCUCUGUGCCAGCUUUGUGCUGGAGAUGUAUCUGGAGGGAAUAAGUGUGAGCCAAACAACAAUGAGAAAUACUACUCAUAUAAUGGAGCUUUCAGGUGCCUUGUUGAGAAUGCAGGAGACGUAGCUUUUGUUAAGCACACCACAGUUGGUGACAACACUGAUGGCAAAGGGGACACAUGGACACAGGGUCUCAAGUCUACUGAUUUCGACCUGCUCUGCCCAGAUGGAAGUCGGAGCCCUGUCUCAGAGUACAGACGAUGCCACCUGGCCCGAGUGCCAUCCAGAGGCAUUGUGGCCCACAGCGACACUGACAGCGCUGUCAUAUACAACAUGCUUAGAGAGGGACUACAAAAGUCUGGCUUUUCCAUUUUCUCUUCAGUGGCCUUUCAUGGUGAAAACCUGUUGUUCAGUGACAGCUCUACAAAGUUUAUCCCUGCUGGAAGCGAUGAAUACAUCCACUGGAUAGGAGAAAAAUACAAUAACAUAUUGAAAGCUAUGGACUGCUCUAGUAGUGAUGUUCCUGAGACACUGACCUGGUGUGUGCUGUCUGAUGGAGAGCAGCGGAAAUGCGAAGACAUGGCUCUAGCCUUCAAAAAUAAAGGACUCAUACCAAACAUCCAAUGUUUAUAUGGAACAUCUAACGAGGACUGCAUGGAGAAAAUACAGUACAAAAAGGCAGAUGCCAUCACUCUUGAUGGAGGCUAUAUCUACACAGCAGGGAAAACAUACGGCCUGGUGCCUGCUGUAGGAGAAAGCUACACAGGUGACACUGAUGGCAGCAGCUACUACGCUGUGGCUGUAUUAAAGAGAAGCAACAAUGACAUACGGACAGUCAGUGAUCUGAGGGGACGAACAUCUUGUCACACAGGCUAUGGCAGGACUGCUGGCUGGAACAUUCCACUAGGCCUGCUCAUUGAGAAAGGUCUUAUCAGACCACAGAAAUGCCAAGCUGCUCAAGCUGCUGGAGAGUUCUUCAAAGCAAGCUGUGUACCUGGUGCCAAUGAGCCUGGAUUCCCCAGCAACCUUUGCGCACAGUGCAUCGGAGAUGCCAGAGGCCAGAACAAAUGUGUUAAAGGCCAGGAUCUGUAUGAUGGUUACAAUGGAGCUUUCAGGUGUCUGGUUCAGGGAGGAGGCGAGGUUGCAUUUGUGAAGCAUUCCACAGUUUUCCAGAAUACUGAUGGUAAUGGUACAGAUCCUUGGACCCUCAACUUGAACUCGAAAGAUUUCCAGCUGCUGUGCUCUCAAGAUUCUCGAGCUGAUGUCCUUCAGUAUAAACAGUGUAACCUUGCCCGUGUCCCGUCCCAUGCUGUGAUGGUCCAUCCUGACACCAACCCUCACAUCAUCUUUGGCCUUUUGGACAAAGCUCAGCAAUUCUAUGGGGUCAACACUAACUCAGACUUCAAGAUGUUUGACUCCAGUCGAUAUGACGGUUCGGACCUGAUCUUCAAAGACUCCACAGUAAGCGUAAUUGGUGUUGGCGAAAAAAAGAAUUAUGAGGAUUGGCUUGGCAAGAGCUACGUAGAAGCCCUCUUAGCCAUGGAGUGCACUUACUCGUCAGCAGUGGUAUCUUCGGCCUCUGUACUACUGGUGACCAGCUUGGCUGUGAUCAUCUCUCUUUUGGGUGUGUAGCAGGUCCACCAGCUCCCCAAGGCUUCCUCAUCUAUUUCUUAUCUAUUUUAUUCCGAUCGUUCAUAUCAUAUUUGUAUAUAUAUAUAUAUAUAUAUAUAUAUAUAUAUAAUAUCUAUGCAGGUCUACAGUAGCAAAGCUACUGUAAAAUAUGUCCACCGAUAUCUUAAUAAUACAAUGAGCAUACACAUGGGUAUAGUUUUUAAUGGUUAUUUAUCAAAGCCGAAUCAUCCGGAUCAACAUUGCUUUUGAUGUAUAAUUUCUUGAUACAUUUAUAUGUAUACAAUAUACAGUAUCUGUCCUAAAUGACAUGUUAGAUUAGCACACCCUCAACAUUUUCUGCACUCUGUUAUCCCUACUGCGACAUUUCUCUGUUUAAUCUCUUUCCAGACUAGUUAACAUUUUUCUCCUGGUAGACUUGUGAUUGGACAUUAGCUUAGAACUUCUGAGCUAUCACUGCCUGCUUGGUUUAGUUGAUGAUUACAACGAGGAAUGUCUGUGCUAGUGCAAAGAAUUUAUUCAGUGUGAUUUGUAAAGUAAAAGCUAAAGUAACAUAGAUUGAUUUUAUGAUACUUGGUUCCCCAAAUUUGUCUUGACAGCACUGAUUUCCAUUUUUACUGUAUUUGCUGAAUAUUUAUCAGUGUAUACACACGCGCGCACAUUUUUUAGUGGUCAGUUACCAGAAGGCAACAGCCAUAUCAGUGUUGCCUGUUACGUAUUUAUUGACUUCAGUGUUCUAUGAAUGUCUCUUUUUUAAUUAUGUACUCGAAGGCACACGUUCUAGCUGGAGUCUUUAGUCUCUUCUGUGUCGCUGAGUAUUCACUGGUGUAUUACUUAUGAGGAGAAAAAGACUAAAUUUAUUCAUUUAUUUUUACCCUGUAUUUCUCCCAUGUAUCAAGAUUACAUUUCCUUUUGCCUUUUGAGAAUCUAUACUCAGGAUCUUUUAUUCAAAAGCAACUACAUGUCAACUCCACCAAAUAAAGCAACAUGUAUUAUUGUUGGAGGUUCUGCUGCAGGAUUGUGUUAUUGCUUUAUCAUUUAAUUUUUUAUGCUUAAUGAGAUUAACUCCCACUUUUCUGAAUUUCUCACCUUUUCUACCUUUGUGUUUUUCUCAUAGUGCACUUAGUAUUUGACAAAUUACUCCAGAUUACUGUUCAAAAUUGAAUAUUGUUAAAAUUGAGUUAUUGAAUAUGCAUUGUAGACCUGCACUUUUUAUUUCACUGAUGCAAUAAUUUUCACAGAGAAACGUAUUUUUAUAAAAUGUUCACCAUAACAGUGUAUAUGUACUGACACACUGAUUUCUUGCUUCACUGUAUUGCAAUUUCUUCAAUGAAAUGAUCAAGAUGUAACUAAUAUUUAGUUGCCAGGCCAGUGAGUCUGCUAAAGUAUUAUUACAUGCUGCCCACAUAGGGUUCUUUGUUGUUCUUUUCAAUAAACACGCAUAGUAAA